UGGAGGCGUGAGGAGGCGCGGUUCCGGCGGGGACAAUGCGUCAGUUCCGGACGGCGGCGGCGGCGGGAGGACGAUGGUGCUGCUGCACGUGCUGUUCGAGCAUGCGGCCGGGUACGCGCUGUUCGCCGUGCGCGAGGUGGAGGAGAUCGGCCUGCUGCUGCCGCAGGUGGAGGAGAGCGUCCUCACGCUGGGCAAGUUCCACAACGUGGUGAAGCUCGUGGCGUUCUCGCCGUUCCGCUCGGCGCAGAGCGCGCUGGAGAACAUGAACGCCGUGUCCGAGGGGGUGCUGCACGAGGACCUGCGGCUGCUGCUGGACACGGCGCUGCCCCCCAAGAGGAAGAAGGUGCUGCUGGGGGUGGGCGAUGCCAAGAUGGGCGCGGCCGUGCUGGAGGAGCUGGGCGUGCAGUGCCAGACCGGCGGCGUCGUGGCCGAGCUCAUGCGAGGGAUCCGGCUGCACUUCCCGGCGCUGGUGCGCGGCCUCACGGCGCAGUCGGCGGCCAAGGCCCAGCUGGGGCUCGGCCACAGCUACUCCCGGGCCAAGGUGAAGUUCAACGUGCACCGCGUGGACAACAUGAUCAUCCAGUCCAUCAGCCUGCUGGACCAGCUGGACAAGGACAUCAACACCUUCUCCAUGCGCGUCCGGGAGUGGUACGGGUACCACUUCCCCGAGCUGAUCAAGAUCGUGCCCGAGAACUCCAUGUACUGCCGGGUGGCCAAAUUCAUCGGGAACCGGCGGGAGCUGAGCGAGGAGAGCCUGGAGGGGCUGGAGGAGAUCGUCAUGGACAGCGCCAAGGCCCAGGCCAUCCUGGAGGCCUCGCGCUCCUCCAUGGGGAUGGACAUCUCCCCCCUGGACCUCAUCAACAUCGAGAGCUUCUCGCGCCGCGUCAUCUCGCUGGCCGACUACCGCAAGGGGCUGCAGGAGUACCUGCGCUCCAAGAUGAGCCAGGUGGCCCCCAGCCUGUCAGCCCUCAUCGGGGAGGUGGUGGGCGCCCGCCUCAUCUCGCACGCCGGCAGCCUGACCAACCUGGCCAAGUACCCGGCGUCGACGGUGCAGAUCCUGGGGGCAGAGAAGGCGCUGUUCAGGGCGCUGAAGACGCGGGGGAACACGCCCAAGUACGGGCUCAUCUUCCACUCCACCUUCAUCGGGCGCGCGGCCGCCAAGAACAAGGGGCGGAUCUCGCGCUACCUGGCCAACAAGUGCACCAUUGCCUCGCGCAUCGACUGCUUCUCAGAGGUCCCCACCAGUGUCUUUGGGGACAAGCUGCGGGAGCAGGUGGAGGAGCGCCUGGCCUUCUACGAGACCGGGGAGCCGCCCCGCAAGAACCUGGAGGUGAUGAAGGAGGCCGUGGUGGAGGCCAGCGAGGUGGUGGCUGAGGUGAAGAGGAGGCAGGAGAAGAAGGAGAAGAAGAGGAAGAAGAGGGAGAAGCGGCGGCUGGAGGCCCUGGCAGCAGCUGCUGAGGAGGCAGCAGAGAACUCUGUGAUGGAGACAGAGGAGAACGACGUGGGGGCCAAGAAGAAGAAGAAAAAGAAGAAGCAGCAGCAGCCAGAGGAGUCAGAGGCAGAGCCUGAGGAGAACGGGGUGGAGGAGGAGGAAGAGGAGGAGGAGCCAUUGCCCAAGAAGAAAAGGAAAGUCACGGUAGAGCCUGAGGAGGAAGAGGAGGAGGAGGAGGAGGAAAAGAAGAAGAAAAAGAAGAAGAAGAAGAAGGCAGUGGCUCGGGACUCGGAGGAGGAUUAGGGAGCAGAGAGCAGUCAGCACACGGACUGACAGACUGACGGACAGGCAGCAGCCGGGAGUGGCCACUCACCCAAGCCCGUGGUGUCCCCAGCUGUGCCCUGUGGCACCGUGGCCACUUGGAACAUGCUACAGCCCCUGGUG